AUGUCAAAUAGUAAUAUCAACGGUGAAGACGAGAAUGGUGCCUUAGAGUUUUAUAGGAAAGCUUUAAAUUUCAAUGUUAUAGGUAGAUACGAUCCAAAGAUAAAGCAACUAUUAUUUCACACGCCACAUGCUUCGAUAUAUAAGUGGGACUUUCAAAAGGAUGAGUGGAACAAAUUGGAAUAUCAAGGUGUAUUGGCUAUAUAUCUAAGAGAUCUUUCAGAUACAAAUGCUAUACUGCCCCAAGAUGGCAACAAUAGUAACUCUAUAAAUAAUAGUAACAGUGCUGCCAAUUAUCAAAGUAGUAGUGCGUCUACCGUCUUGAAAGGGAAAGAUAUUUACAACUAUGGUUUAAUUGUGUUGAAUAGAAUGAACCCUGAUAACUUUUCAAUGGGUAUAGUGUCUAAUAGCGUAGUUAACAAGCGCAAGAUACUAAACAGUGCAGAAAAUGCUCAAGAGCCUUUGGAAUGCAUGGGAGUCGAAGUUAAAGAUGAUUUAGUCAUCAUUCAAAAUCUUAAGCACGAAGUCUAUGGUAUAUGGAUUCAUACAGUUGCUGACAGACAAAAUAUAUAUGAAUUAAUUAAAUACCUACUAGAAAAUGAACCAAAGGAUUCAUUUGCUUGA